GUAUGUUUAUAGAGAGUAUGAUAACGUGGUGGUUGCAGCCUGCAGGACCUGGCGACUAACAGACCACACAGUCACUCCUACGGCUGUGUGGAGAGGAUGGCUAUGGCUGUGUCAUGGUCGCCACCCACCACAUUUUCACCAUCGCCUAAGUUCAAAUCAUUAGGACGGCGCCAUUGCCGCUGCUCUGCAAUUUCCCAAGCAGAUGGAUCUUCCUCGCAGCCUACCACUUCCUCUACUUAUCGCCCUGCUGUCAUUCUUCCAGGACUAGGAAACAAUUCCAACGAUUAUCAGAAAUUGGCUCUCAUAUUAAAGGACUAUGGAAUUCCAUCAGUGAUUGCAAAGGUUUCAAGAAUUGAUUGGCUGAGGAAUGCUGCAGGUUUGGCAGAUGCAAAUUAUUGGAGAGGAACACUCCGUCCUCGGCCCGUUCUUGAUUGGUAUUUCAAAAGAAUUGACGAUGCUAUCAGUGAGGCAAAGAAUUUGGGUCAAGGUGGGAGUGGGGCUUUAUCCUUUAUUGGCCAUUCCGCAGGAGGAUGGCUAGCACGUGUUUAUAUGCAAGAGUUUGGGCUAUCUGGCAUCACCCUGUUACUGACUCUGGGGACCCCUCACCUCCCACCACCUAAAGGCUUGCCGGGAGUCAUUGACCAAACAAGGGGCCUAUUGGAUUAUGUUGAAAAGCAUUGUGCAAAGGCUGUUUAUACUCCAGAACUUAGAUACGUAUGUGUAGCAGGAAGGUACAUUCAGGGCGAACGUUUCCUUGGCUCCGAUACAAAUUAUGGCUCCACGGUUUUGGUUGAUGUUAACCAGCCAUUGCCUGAUACUGCUGCUCUAAGAAGUAUGGACACAUCUACUGCAACACCUAAUACUUUGCAAGCACGAUUUGUUGGUCAAGGCUACAAACAGGUUUGUGGGCAAGCUGAUGUUUGGGGUGAUGGAGUUGUGCCUGAAAUCUCAGCACACCUGGAAGGCGCUCUUAAUAUAACUCUGGAUGGAGUUUACCACUCACCUGUCGGUUCCGAUGACACCACGAGGCCAUGGUAUGGCUCUCCAGCCAUUGUUGAAAAAUGGAUCCCACAUCUCCUUAACUAAUCUAUAAAGUAAUGAACCAAGUGAAAACUAGACUGGCAGUGUAAGCUUUUGUAUAUGCUGUAGUUUCAUUUUAUAUACAAUGUAGUUUCAUUACAAC